GGCCGCGGGACAAAAACAGCCGUGCUUUAUCAGGGCCACUCGCUAGCCGAGAUAACGUCGAAAAACACGUCUUAUCGGUUUUUAUUAUCACGAAUCUUGUGUAUUGUUGCGUGCGUAGUGCUUCCAGUAUACGAUUUGAAUAUCGGUGUACGCAAGCGAAAGUUCCCAGGGGAAACCACCGAAGGCUACCGUCUUCAGUACGUCGCGCGAUGACCGUCUGAGACAUCUAACAGUUAGUCAUGGCUCUCGUGUUCAACGACAACGAUCCAUGGUUGAUCGAACACGAAUCAUGUGAAAAACUAUAUAGAGAAAUUGAAGGAUUAUUAAAUGUGAGAGAAUUAGAGCACAAGUCUUCCGAAAAAUAUGUUUUGUAUUCAUCACAAGUGCGGCUUAGGCUGAAACAGUUUACUGAUGAAGUCCAACAGUUGUCUCAUAAACUUAGAGGACUUGCAACAUCUAAAGCUGUUACACUGGACGAAGAAGAACGACGUCAACGUAUGAUUGAACUACUCCAAAGUAGAAAUAUUAUAUUAAAUCAACGUUUUCAAAAUCGAAAUAAUAGUCAUACACUAGAACGUCAGGAGUUGAUGAGACCAAGUACUAGUAAGGCCAAAAAAACUGAAAUGCCAACUACUGGUUGGCUGGACAGUGAUGAUGAUGACUAUAAUGACGAUAAACAACCAUUACUUAAUGAGAAAGCACUUAAACAGCAGCAACAGUACUUGCUCAAAGAACAAGACGAUGGAUUAAAUGAAUUGGCAUCAAUUGUUUCUAGACAAAAAAAUAUUGCUAUCACCAUAAGCAGUGAAGUCGAUCUACAAAAUGAACUAGUUGAUGACCUAUUGGUAAAAAUAGACAAAACAACAGCUGGAAUUGAAAAUGAGACCAAGGAAGUAGUCCAGAUAUUAAAAAAAGAUUCAACUCGAGGACUUUGGGUGAUAAUUAUUCUUCUAUUGAUUGCAAAUGUGGUGGUUGCUCUGUCGUGAUAUCUGGUUAAAAUAUUCAAAUUUAACUUGCAAUAAUUAUGUUAAAAUUAUUUUUCUAUACCUUUUAAUAUUUAUUGAUAUUCAAAUGUUAUUUUAUUAUAAUUGUUAAUAAUUGGAUAUUUUGUAAAAAUAAAUAAAGUAAUUCCAAAUUUUUUUAUACUUAAAAA